GAGCCCGUGCCCAUCAGCCCCAGCCCCACGCAACUCGAGCAGCCGCACCGGGACGCUCCGCUCCAGCUCUCCAAAACGACCCCGACUCCUCCCCCCUCCCCGACUCCUCCCGCGGCGAGAGAAAAAAAUAAAGAAGAAGCUAAAAAGGAGACCCAGGUUGGCCACCAACGCAACGAAAAUAACAAUAAUAAUAUAAAAAGAGGAGGGAAAGGAAAAGAAAAAUAAAAGUCGAGCGACUGUGCGACUGGACGCAGGCGGCCGAGUGCGGGCCAGCGAUGCGGGGCUGCGCGCCGGGGCGGCCGCGAGUUGCCACUGGAGCCUAGAUGCACAGCCAGGCGCGCUGAGGAGCCGGUCAUUGUCGCUUCCCCGGGAGACAGUCCAGGCGCUGGGAGGGCCGCCCCCGGGGCACGGAGGCCGCCUGCCGGGCGACGGGCAGAGGUGACGGGGCUGGGGCGGUGGGGAACGAUCGAGCGCACCUGGCUGCGCCCGCCCCGAGCUGUCCCUCACUGAUCUCCGUUGACUCGACCGCCACUCGGAAAGAGCGCCCGCCCAAGCGACGGCCCCGAGCACCAAGAGCUUCCCCCGGCCUUCUCUCCCUGCCUCUGGCUUCAGCCUGCCCCCACCCCCCGCCCUCUUCCCCCAGGCCCACCGGGGCGCCCGGAGAGUCCCGACCUCGGUGAGAUGCUGGCGGGUUAGGAUCCAAAGCCUCUCUGGCCGCUCUUUUUUCUUUCUUUUUCUCUCUCUUUUUCCUUCUUUCUUUCGGAGGGGGGAACUCCAGUGUCGGCAGCCCAGCGCGAACACGUCCGCCCUCGCACCCCGACAAAAGCAGAUGCACUUUGACUUGUGACAGCUCUACCUCAAGCUGGAGAGAACUCAGCGCCGUUUGCCCUGCAUCCCGAGCUGGCCCGCACGGUCCUCUGCCUUCUCUGACUCCGUUUUUAUUUAUUUAUUUCCGUUCCCCUCGCCGUUCACGGUGACCUUCACUCACUCCUCCUACGCGGGCUCUGGGCAGAGGAGUGGCUUUCUGGACGCCGGCCUAAGGCUCAACUCCUCGCCCGGGAGUUGCGCGGCCGCCGCUGUGCCCGGGGGCCCUGGGAGUCCCCGGCGGCGCGCUACACCCAGCCGCCCUCCGUCCCCCAGCAGCCACGUCUUCUUCCCUCUUUUGAUUUCCCGGCGCGCGGUUUUGGCGCGCACCGGCGAGAGCGGCUCCUCUUUUGGAGAGACUGGGGGAACUUGUGCCGCUCGUCCUUGGGAGUCUGCUUCUCGGUUCUGCCUGCUCUUCUCUUGCCGAGCCUCCCCCGACCAAACCAAAGACCAUGGUGCACUGUGCCGGCUGCAAAAGGCCCAUCCUGGACCGCUUCCUCUUGAACGUGCUGGACAGGGCCUGGCAUGUUAAGUGCGUCCAGUGCUGUGAAUGUAAAUGCAACCUGACAGAGAAGUGCUUCUCCCGGGAGGGCAAGCUCUACUGCAAGAACGACUUCUUCCGGUGUUUUGGUACCAAAUGCGCAGGUUGCGCACAGGGCAUCUCCCCCAGUGACCUGGUGAGGAGAGCGCGGAGCAAAGUGUUUCAUCUCAACUGCUUCACCUGCAUGAUGUGCAAUAAGCAGCUUUCCACCGGCGAGGAGCUCUACAUCAUCGAUGAGAACAAAUUUGUCUGCAAAGAAGAUUACCUAAGCAACAGCAGCGUCGCCAAAGAGAACAGCCUCCACUCAGCCAACACAGGCAGUGACCCCAGUUUGUCUCCGGACUCCCAAGACCCAUCACAGGAUGAUGCCAAGGACUCAGAGAGUGCCAAUGUGUCUGACAAGGAAGGGGGCAGCAACGAGAAUGACGAUCAGAACCUGGGUGCCAAGCGGCGGGGCCCUCGCACCACCAUCAAAGCCAAGCAGCUGGAGACACUGAAGGCCGCCUUUGCUGCCACGCCCAAGCCCACGAGGCAUAUCCGUGAGCAGCUGGCUCAGGAGACUGGCCUCAAUAUGCGUGUCAUCCAGGUCUGGUUCCAGAACCGACGCUCCAAGGAGCGGAGGAUGAAGCAGCUGAGCGCGCUGGGCGCCCGGCGCCACGCUUUCUUCCGCAGCCCGCGCAGGAUGAGGCCACUGGUGGACCGCCUGGAGCCGGGAGAGCUCAUCCCCAACGGGCCCUUCUCUUUCUACGGAGAUUACCAGAGCGAGUACUACGGCCCUGGGGGCAAUUACGACUUCUUCCCGCAAGGACCCCCGUCCUCGCAGGCUCAGACGCCAGUGGACCUGCCCUUCGUGCCGUCGUCCGGGCCGUCUGGGACCCCUCUGGGCGGCUUGGAGCACCCUCUGCCCGGCCACCACCCGUCGAGCGACGCGCAGCGCUUUACCGACAUCCUGGCGCACCCUCCGGGGGACUCCCCGAGUCCCGAGCCCAGCCUGCCCGGCCCACUGCACUCCAUGUCGGCCGAGGUCUUCGGACCCAGCCCCCCCUUCUCCUCGCUGUCGGUCAACGGCGGGGCGAGUUAUGGGAACCACCUGUCCCACCCCCCGGAAAUGAACGAGGCAGCCGUGUGGUAGCGGGGUCUCUCUCGCCCGGGUGGUGGAGUUCGUGGUUGUACAGAAAAUGAACCUCUAUUUAAGAAAAACAGAAAGAAAGGAAAAAGAAAGAAAGAAAGAAAGAAAUAACACUAAAAAAAAAAAAAAAAAAAAAAGCAAAGCACUCCCCCCACCUCCGCCAACCUCGGGGACCAUUGACCAUCUGGGGAGACUGGAUGGGAAAAGGAGGACACGAAAUAGGAUCCAAAUCCGCCUGGAGGUAGGACUGGGACCCGCGCCUGGGCUGGCGAGGUGCAGAACUGGGGGCUCUCAAAGGGAAACGCAGACCUCUCCCCACCUCCCACCUGCAUCCGGAUCCAUGGACCGACGCGUGCGCCUGGCCGGCUGGCGACUCCACAGCGGCGACAGCCACAGGGGCGGCCGGGGCACAGGGCCCGGGCACAGGGCCGGAGGGGGACCCAGGCCCUCAGGAGGAGAGAGAGGUGGAUGGCGCGGCCCCGAGAAGCAGGUGCAGCGGCCCAGGGCUCUCCAGGACCAUCCAGGUGGGGAGGGAGAGUUCUGGCUGUGGGAAAGCUGGUUGAUUGUCUCAGAGUUCAGUACAACAAACUCACAGCUUCAGAAACGCCGACCUCCCUCCCGUGCAUCAGGUGGGACUCUCUAUAUAUUUUUUGUCUAUCUGUUUCUUUCCUUUUGCGAAAAUUGCAAAAUUCUAAAUGUAAAGCCCUGAAAUAUCAACUCUUCUACCUUCACAAAGCUCUAUGUAAACACACACACACACACACACACACACACACUCAAACUCACACUGAAUAGGAUGGUCAGUGGUCAGACCUCACAGUAAAAUGACUUGAAUAUAAGCUAUACAAGAAAAAUAUUCUACCUUCACACAAACACACAAAGUUUUAAACAAAAAGACUAUUGAAAUAAAAACAGUCAACUGUUUACGUAUAAUGUUAAAUUCAGGAGUUCAGUGUUUUACUAAUAUAUCCUGUUUUGAAACCUCUUGUUCGGAAACAAAAUGUUUUGAGCAAUCAACCAAAAUUGUCCAUUUUCUUUUUCUGUAGAUGUUCUGACAAAUUUGCAGGGCUCGAAGCUCACUGUGCUAGUAUGUAAAAAGGUGUUGUUUACACAAGGCAAAGAGAAAACAUGAUAUUCAGACACUUGCCAAAUAGAAUAAUUAUAGCACAAAUACUGUAAAGGUGCCUGGCACCACAACCUGAAAAAGUGUUUUAAAAAAAAAGUGUUACAAGGUUUAAAAAAAAACAUCUUUGCUAAUUUUUAGUCCUGUUGAACAUUCAUGGAAUUGUUAAUAUGACUUAUAUAGACCCACACAGGUUUUAUUUUUGUGUCUUUAAAAAAAAAGUCCAAAAAUAUUUAAAUUUUAUGGUCAAAUAUGCAGUCAGCAGCUGCUACUUUUUUCUUUAUAUAUUAAAUUUCUCAUAUGUCUUUUAUUGUUCUGAUAAACCUAAGCUUGUGUGACCUCCAGUGCAUAUUAGACCAUUCACUGUAUGAAAGAAAACAUGUUGAAUAAAUUUGUGAGUUUUUAAUAAAAAUAGAAAAUCUGAUGUUUAGAUGA